AUGCCUGAUCAGGACAAAAAGCUGAGGAGCACAGAAAAAGCAAAAGACAAAAAGCCUCCUGGGAUCUCUAGGAGACCUUCUAUGUGGGACAAAUCACGUUUAGAAUGGUGCUUGCCUCAUGACUAUUAUCCCUUCCAUCCUUCGUUCCAGCUUAUAUACAUUGAAAGUGGUCAAACCAGUGUGACAAGAACUUGGCAAAAUGUCAAAAGCAAUUAACAAAAGUCCAGUGGUCAAUGGCAAGAAUCAACAGAAGCUGUUGAGCUUGAAAAAUUUAGCAUGACCUACAAGAAUGAGAGAAAUUUUAGCAAACAUCCCAAGCACCAGCUGUUUCAAGAUAUCUUUACAACUUUAGUUAAGGAGAGUUACCUGCAGUAUAUGGAAACAGUAGCAAAUCAUUAUCUUAAUUAUGGAGAAGAGCAGCACAAUGUAGACAAGUUGGUCAACAUGACAUUUAUUUUUCAAAAGCUUGCUACUUUUAAAAAUCAAAUAGAACGGGUUAUAGCAAGUGGAGCACAUAAAAAAAAGAAUGGCAAUUGUGGUCAUAUCAUAUCAGACAAACUAUUUUUAGAGAAUCUUGACAAAUAUGGAGUUUACUUAGAUAUAAAUCAUGAACAGAAAUACAGGCUCACAGCAGAGUUGCUAUGACUUCUUUGUGCAGAAUCACAAGUCAAAGAGCAAAUAAAAAUGUAUAAAGGAGUUCCAGUCUUGCUCACUUGACUCCAUUCUGAUCACAUCAAACUUCUAUGGAGUAUAGUUUGGAUUCUGGUACAGGUCUGUAAAGAUCCUAAGACUAGUGUGGAAGUUUGGAUCUGGGGUAUCAAGUAGCUCCUUCAUAUAUUACAGGGGUAGGUUUUCAAAUCUGAACGCUCUUCAGUUGGAAGUUUCUCUGGUGCAAAUGCUGCAGGGAGAAUCCAGGAUCUUCAUUUGUCAGAUGAGCUGAGUCCUGAUGAGAUACAAGAAAGUAUUUUCUCACUUCAAGCAAAUGGAAUAUAUGCAAUAGCAAAGCUGGUUUUCAAAGAAAGGAAUGCUGAAAAAGCCAGUUUAUUACAGAGAGUUAUCUACACAUAUCUGCCUGCUGAACUGUACAUAGUCAUGGAGCUUAUAGAGGGGGUGCCGUUGGGAGAACACUCUUACUCUUUGAAGGGAAAGCAACAACAGUUUAUAGAAGACAGAUUAUGGUAUAUAUUUAUCCAAAAACUUGCACCAGUAGUGGCAAGCAUCCUAUACUCAUGUCCUGAAGUUGUAAAGGGUGAGCUGUAUGGAGAGAAGGUUGAUGUUUGGGCUGCAGGCAUCCUUUAUCAGCUGGCCACUGUGAACCUACCAUUUUACAGCACCAAUAUGAAUAUGCUCUCCUUGGCAACUAAGAUAGUAGGGGCUGUGUAUGAACCUGUGCCAGAAGGACUGUACUCUGAAAAAGUGUCAUUUACCAUUAAGAGCUGCUUGACUCCUGAUGCAGGGACACAUCCAGACAUAGUGGAGGUCAGCUCACUGCUGUCUGAUGUGAUGAUGAAAUCUGGAUAUCAUAAAUCUGGAUAUCAUAAAUCUCAUCUGGAUAACAUAAAUCUCAUGUUGGAGAAGAAACUGGAUCAGGAGAGGAGACAAACCUCUCGAUACUUCAUGGAGGCCAAUUGAAAUGCAGUAUCCUAUCACCCUCAGCUUUCCAUUUUAUUACACCUAAGUACAUUGAGUGUUGGAAAAGGACAAUAUCUAACAUUGCCUUUUUGCUCUUGUCAGAAAAAUGAUGAGAAGUUGAGCCUUCAUAGUGGCAGCAGUGGACCAGCCAGUUGAAAAAGUGAAUUAUCAGAAAAUACUGACUUUCCAGUUGACAGUUGUCAGUCUGCACAUGGAAAAGAUGGAAAAACAUAUGAAGCAAUUGUGGUAGAGGAUGACAGGACUAUGGGGAAAGGUAUUUUCUCUGAAUUAGACAAUGAGAUAGAUAUAGUGGACAAUUCAAGCAGCUCCAGUUCAAGUAAUUUGAAAGAGUCUGCUAUUAGUAUAAUUAAACAAAGUUUUAGUGCUUCUGAAAAACAACCUCAGAUAAGCACUCUGAAAUCCUCUUGUUUCUUCAUUUCUGCUCUUCUUUUAUAUCUGGAAAAAACUCUCAAAAUCACUCUUUGCUGCAUCUGCCUCCUGAAAUUUUUUUUUAUUUUACCUUUAACUGAGCUAGUAAUGAUAGAGAUUAUGUUGACAGUUCUGGAUCAAGACUGUGAUCAGCAUGUUUCCUCUUUCAUUUCUUCCUCUUUAGUGCCUAUUGAUCUGCUUUUGAGAGUACCUUCACUCACCCGCAGGUUCCACACUAAGAAAAUUGAGUGCUUGUUCAUGAUGAGAUGGCAGUUUCAUGUUCUACCAGUUGUAGUUCUUUGCAAUUUGAAAUAUCAUGCAUUGGCAGGAAUUGCUGUAUCACAAAGGAAAGUGAGUCAGAUCAGUGACCCUGUUCAGCAGAUUCUUAUUCAGCCGCACAAAAUUAUCUUCAUCACUCAACUUCCUCCAGCUUUGUGAUGCAAUUUGAAAAGGAGAAUCAUUGAGAGAUUCAAGAAGUCCCUUGUCAGUAAGCAGGACAAUCCUUGUAAACUGAAAUCAGAAAAGAAAAAGCUGCUGCAAGGUUCUCCUGAAUUGAUUAAACCAAGUAUCUUCACAGCAGAUUGGCAGGGCGGAAAUAUAUUGCUUCCAGAUGAUAGAAAAGGUAAACAAAGCAUCAUAAACUUCUCAGAAGGGAUGACAUAUAAGCAGUUGCAGAUUCUAAUUGAAGAGGUUCUAGAGGAAAGUGGUUAUUGCAGUUUCUUUGCUAACAGGUCAGUCUAG